GGAGUGUGCAGCAAGCAGGCAGGCAGGCAGGCGGUAGAAGCGAGUGUAGUGUGCAAGGCUGUGGCGGCAGCAUGGCUUCGUCUCACGGGAGAAGUGACCUGCGCUUCGCCGACUGGAUGUCAAGUCUGCCACAGAGCAUGCACACCAUCCCGCUCACCAACUUGGCCAUCCCCGGUUCCCAUGACUCUUUCAGCUUCUACAUCGAUGAAGCGUCUCCUGUUGGCCCCGAGCAGCCGGAGACGGUGCAGAACUUUGUGUCGGUUUUCGGUACAGUGGCCAAGAAGUUGAUGAGGAAAUGGUUGGCAACGCAAACAAUGAACUUCAACAGCCAACUGGAGGCAGGCGUCCGCUUCUUCGACCUUCGCAUUUCCACUAAACCUCGAGACCCGGACAACGAGCUUUACUUUGCCCACGGACUCUUCAGUGCCACCGUCCGAGAAGGUCUUGAGCAGAUCAGCAGCUUCCUGUCGACACAUGCCAGAGAGGUGGUCUUCCUCGACUUCAACCACUUCUACGGCGUGCAGAACAUGCACCAUGAGAAACUGGUGGCCAUGUUGAAGGGCGUGUUUGGAGAGAAGCUGUGCCCGGUUGUCUUUGCCCAGGAGGUGUCUCUGCAGUAUCUUUGGGAGAAGGAGUACCAGGUGCUGGUCUUCUACCACCACCCCAUGGCCUUGGAGGUGCCCUUCCUGUGGCCCGGCCAGAUGAUGCCUUCUCCCUGGGCCAACACCACCGACCCUGAGAAGCUGGUUCAGUUCCUGCAGGCGUCUGUGACUGACCGCAGGAGGAAGGGGACCUUCUUCGUGUCCCAGGUGGUUCUCACACCAAAGGCCAGCACCGUGAUGAAGGGUGUGGCUAGUGGACUCCGAGAGACAAUCACGGAAAGGGCCUUGCCAGGAAUGAUGCAGUGGAUCAGGUCGCAAAGACCCGGCGAGAGCGGCAUCAACAUCAUCACUGCAGACUUUGUGGAGCUGGGCGAGUUCAUCAGUGCCGUCAUCACACUCAACUACCACCUGGGCGAUGAAGACGACGACGACGCCACCUGAGAGCUGUCGGGGAGCGUUGUCGCCCCUCCGUCCGCUGCUGCUGCUGCUGGGAGGGGAUGGCUUCAUGCUCCGCCUCUUUUUCUCCUUGGCAUUUGUUUGAGAGGAGGAGACGCGCUGCUCCUUUCACUUUAUUUAGGGCUCUAGUGCAGUGACCCGUCACACGGCGAUGAUGGCGUUGAGAGCAACGACGAUGCGAUGAUGUGUGGGUCCGAGGGCUAUGAGGAUGAUGAUGAUGAUGUCUGCCUCCUACUUUGAGGUUCAACGUGCCCCUCCCUUUUUUUAAGUGAGUCGUACAUUUCCUUUACCUCCCAUGCUGUACAAAUGGCUGCUUUUCCCAUGCAAUUGUAAAAGCUCUUCGGCAUCAUCAUUAUAUGUGUUCUGCUAGCCGUGUCGUUACAUGACGCUGAUCUCUGUGUAAUUAAUGUCUAAUCUAUGUAGGUCAUAGUCAAAAUGCAACCAUUUUGCGGUUUUUUCAUGACACAUUGGAGCCCACUAAUGUUAGCAUGUGUAUAUAUUCUUUAAAAUGUUAUAUCCAUUAUAUUACAUCAAACCCACCGUAUACCGUAUUUUUCGGAGUAUAAGUCGCUCCGGAGUAUAAGUCGCACCGGCCGAAAAUGCAUAAUAAAGAAGGAAAAAAAAACAUACAUAAGUCGCACUGGAGUAUAAGUCGCAUUUUUUGGGGAAAUUUAUUUGAUAAAACCCAACACCAAGAAUAGACAUUUGAAAGGCAAUUUAAAAUAAAUAAAGAAUAGUGAACAACAGGCUGAAUAAGUGUACGUUAUAUCAGUGGUCCCCAACCUUUUUGUAGCUGCGGACCGGUCAACGCUUGAAAAUUUGUUCCACGGACCGGGAGGGGCGAGGAGAGGGGAGGUAUUUUUUAUUUUAUUUAUUUAUUUUAUUUAUUUUUUUAUUUUGUCAUAAAGAAAUACAAUCAUGUGUGCUUACGGACUGUAUCCCUGCAGACUGUAUUGAUCUAUAUUGACUAAUUGUAAGUGUAUCUUGUGUUUUUUAUGUUGAUUUAAUAAAAAAAAAAAAAAAAAAAAUUAUUUAUUUUUUUAA